CGACAAGGCAGGUGCUACUCGGAAUCACAUCUUCUGGCCCUUGUAACCAUCUAGGAAGGGUCGCGUCAAGCUAUAGAAUGAGAUAGUGGCAUCAAUCAUGGCCGACGUACAAGCAAACAGCCGCCCGACGGUAGACGACUUGACUGGCGACAACCACUACGCCCAGCUGGCGCGCAAGCACUGGCUGAACAAGACCAAGCAGCCAAAGGUCCAGCGCGAUGUCAUUGAGAAGGAGCUGUGGGCACCGCUGGAGCAGGAGGACUUUUCAUCGUUGCUGUUGCUGGAACAAUUGCAGCUGUUGGAGUUGUACCUCUGGCCGGGAUACACGGACGAUGCCUCGAACCACCACGUCCUGCUGCUGGCCAUGCUGGUCAAUGUGAAGCGUCGCGAAGGUCUCGCUGUAUGGGACUGCUUCCAACAACAAUCGGACAACUUCUCGUCGCUGUUCCGCCGCGUACUGUCCAUGACCAUCGACACAUCCAUCGCAACCACCCUACGAACUCACCUCCUUACCUUCAUCAUCAUCGCAUACCAAUCGCUCGACAGCGGUAUCGUCAGAAAAGAAUGCGCUCCUCUGGUCAACAUUGCCGUUUGGCACAAUCUGCACAGCGACGAAGCAAGAGAUGGUCAUUUGGAAAAGGCUGUACAACUGCAAAAGGCUUGGAGGGCUGCAAACAAGAGAUACGAGGGCUCAGACGCUCCUACACAGGCUCGUCUGCGCUUUGAGAGGUCAUGGCUGUAUUCCUUGACCCUCGACUUCUUCGACCGCUUGUACGACACGACUGCCAAAUCCCGUUCGGACAACGUCCUUUACUGCGAACGCUUCGUCGAAUUGCUGUCCGACUUGCAGAGUCAAUUGCCCACUAGGCGUUUUGUCAACACUCUGCUGCAAGACCUCAACACACUGUCCGUCAUCAAGCUGUCACCAAUGUACGCCGAUGAGGACAAUGCUCUCUUGCGUGAUCUCUACAACCUUCUUCAACACUACACCAACUUCCCCAUCGAGGACCACAGUGGCCGACAGUACACUCCUUUGGAAUUUGAUCAACAACAUCAUGCCGCUUUGACCAAGUUACAGAGAGUCUCAUUCAAGCAUUUCCAGGACAAGUUGAAGAUUUUGGUGCUUGCCAAUUUUGCCUCAUUAGCCACAAGAGAGGAUCUGCAGGGACAUUUGGGUUCUUUGUCCGACGACGAGGUCACUGAACUAUGCCGUCUGCUCGGCUUCCGGACCGACUAUCCUAGCUCGACUCUCGUCACGCGGGAUCGUACCUUCUACAUGGAAAUACUACUUUCUGCUCACGAAUCUCUGCCUAUGUAUCAGCAGACCAUGCAAAAUAUGGCCGUUGUUCCUACCGAAACCACCAUUUACGAUUCUGCCUUUGUCCGCAACGAGAGCUACAACGGAACUAGGCCCUUGGCUAUCCCGAAGCUGAAUCUUCAGUAUUUGACCAUGGGAGACUUCUUGUGGCGAUCCUUUGUGUUGUACAGAGCGGAAGCCUUUUAUCAGAUCCGCAAAGACAUCGAAGAUACUGUCAAGAGGCUACAACCGAGAAAGGCUGGACCAGCAACCAAAUUCGACGGCUUUUCGAAGAUGGCCAUACCCAUCACGAAACCUGCUGUCAUCGAUGUUGCACCCGCCAAGGUUUCUGAACUGCACCCUUCGAAAGUCGAGGUUGAAGUAACUCUUGACGUUGGCCGCUUAGGUCCCAACAUCCGCAAGGAUUGGGAGACGUUACGUUCUGGUGAUAUUGUAUUCUUGGUAUCUGUCCAAGUCGGUGACACGACAUCAGUGUUCAGUAACGGUGGAUCAGAAUCGCCCGAUUUAGCAGACAGACAUGGUGUCAAGCAUGUCCGUUCUGCCGAAGUCAUCCAAGUGCUUGACGAAAAUGGUCGUAUGCUGCGAGACCAGCCUCAAGCUCAGACUAACGGCGCGGCUUCAAGAGGCGGCCGUCAACGUAGACUAUUGCUCCGACUUGACCCUGUCGCAUACCAACAAGACAAGGAACGUACAGACAAAGGCAAGCCGGAUAUUCUUGAAAGCAUCAACCUGCUUGUACGACGUCAGGGUCGGGAGAACAAUUUUAAGCCUAUCCUGGACUCGAUCAAGCACCUUGCCUUGUCUGAUGUUCCUGCUCCUCAAUGGCUGCAAGAGGUGUUCCUCGGCUACAGUGAUCCAGCUGCUGCAACAUAUCAGCGUCUGCCCAAUAGACUGAACUCGAUUGACUACCGCGACACAUUCCUCGACUGGCAACACCUGAUUGAGUCGUUGCCAGGAAAGACCGUAGAGCCAGACGCAAACCUCAACUCUAGCUUCCCGCCACCAUAUGUCCUCGAGACCUCGGCAGCGCCACCGACUGAGGCCAGACCUAGCAAGAGACGCAAGCGCGAGCAAAUCGAAGCAGCUCCCGCUUCCGCUGCAGAGUCUGUCAAGGUUGGAACUUACAAGCCUGCCAAUCCUGGUCCGUACCCUGUCGAUGCUCCUAAGCUGAAUGGUGUUCGUUUCACUCCCACACAAAUUGAGGCCAUCACAUCCGGUACCCAACCAGGUCUGACAGUCAUCGUUGGACCCCCCGGCACUGGCAAAACCGAUGUCGCAACACAAAUCAUAAACAACAUCUACCACAACUUCCCCGAACAACGCACAUUACUUGUUGCCCACAGCAAUCAGGCACUUAACCAGCUCUUCCAGAAGAUCACAGCUCUUGACAUUGACGAGCGUCAUCUUCUCAGACUUGGUCAUGGUGAGGAGGAACUCGAGACUGAGGCAAGCUAUAGUAAGCAUGGUCGUGUCGAGUCCUUCAUGGAGAAUGCUGCGAUUCAUUUGCAUGAGGUCACUCGAUUGGCUGCUAGCAUCAGUGCUCCUGGUGCUCAUGGCAGCACAUGCGAAACCGCCGACUACUUCAACCAAGUAUAUGUCAAGCCCGCUUGGACGAAAUACUGGGACGCUGUCAAUGCGGGUGCUGACCCUCAAGCAAUCAUCGACACCUUCCCCUUCCACGCCUAUUUCUCAAACGCCCCGCAGCCUCUUUUCCCUGCUACAGCUUCUCGUGAAGAACUAGUCGACGUUGCAUCUGGCUGCAACAACCACCUCGAUCACAUCUUCGCCUCUCUCGCCGACACCCGUCCUUUUGAAAUCCUCCGCACAGCCCGCGACAAGGCCAACUACCUCUUGAUCAAGGAAGCCCGAAUUAUCGCAAUGACAUCCACCCAUGCAGCUAUGCGCCGGCAAGAGAUUGCCGAUCUAGGCUUCCGUUACGACAACAUAAUUAUGGAAGAAGCCGCGCAAGUCACCGAGAUCGAAAACUUCAUCCCACUCGCACUGCAAAAACCUCGUGAUGGCGAGAUGAAAUUGCAACGUGUGGUGUUGGUUGGCGAUCAUCUCCAGAACAGCCCCAUUGUGCAAAACUUGGCCUUCCGCCAGUAUGCAAAUUUGGAGCAGAGUCUGUUUUUGAGGCUGGUGAGGUUGGGAGUGCCGAAAAUUGUGCUCGAUCAGCAAGGCCGUGCUAGACCUAGUCUUGCAGAGCUCUACAAGUGGCGAUACCCUACUUUGGGUAACCUGCCGCUUGUUACCUUGUCACCACAAUUCCUUCAGGCCAACGCUGGAUUUGCGUUUGAUUACCAGUUCAUCGAUGUGCCUGACUACAAGGGCAAAGGCGAGACUGAACCUUCGCCGCAUUUCAUCCAGAAUUUGGGCGAGGCCGAGUACGCGGUUGCUAUCUACAUGUACAUGAGACUGCUCGGCUAUCCAGCAGAGAAGAUCAGUAUCCUCACUACUUAUGCUGGUCAGAGAGCACUGGUCAGAGACGUACUCAAGCACCGCUGUCAAAACAACCGUAUGUUUGGUCUACCCGGCAAAGUCAGCACGGUGGACAAAUACCAGGGCGAGCAGAAUGAUUACAUCAUUCUUUCCCUGACACGCACAUCACGUCCGGGCUACCUCCGCGACAUCCGCCGCUUAACCGUCGCACUCUCCCGCGCCCGUCUAGGUCUCUACAUCCUAGGCCGCCGCUCCGUCUUCACCUCUACCCCCGACCUAGCCACCGCCUUUUCUUCCCUGCUAUCCCGUCCUGCUGCCCUCACUCUUUCAACGGGCGAAAUGUUCCCAACCCAAAUAAGUGUAGAAGAUGCAGGUAACACUGCGGAAAUGGAAGGAGUUGAACAUCUGGGACAAUAUGUGUUUGAGAUGACAAAGGCAAAGGUUGAAGCUAUCAAGAAGGGGGAGGGAAUUUUGCCGCCGGUCAGUGCGGUUCAGGAUGUUGAGAUGGAGGAGGAAGAGGUUUAUGCUGAGGAUGAGGGGGUUGGCGGGGAGGAGGAGGAUGUGGAGAUGACGUAAAGUCACGGAAUAUUAGCGUGGAAAAGCAUUUUCUUGUAUAGAAUGUGGACAACAGACGAUUCUUCAUACCAC